GCAACGUGUCUGCGGGGCGGAGGCAGCGGCAGCGGCCGUGGAGAGCGCCGCGCGGGUUGGGCCCCUGUCUCUUCGCUGGUGUCCAUCUGUGUAUCGUUGCGCUCGAGUCUCGACAGGCCGCCCAGCCCUCGACAUGUCGUACAACUACGUGGUAACGGCCCAGAAGCCCACCGCCGUGAACGGCUGCGUGACCGGACACUUUACUUCAGCUGAAGACUUGAACCUGCUGAUUGCCAAAAACACGAGAUUAGAGAUCUAUGUGGUCACUGCCGAGGGGCUCCGGCCUGUUAAAGAGGUGGGCAUGUAUGGGAAGAUCGCUGUCAUGGAGCUCUUCAGGCCCAAGGGGGAGAGCAAGGACCUACUGUUUAUCCUGACAGCUAAGUACAACGCCUGCAUCCUGGAGUAUAAGCAGAGUGGUGAGAGCAUCGAUAUCAUCACACGAGCCCAUGGCAACGUCCAGGACCGAAUCGGCCGCCCCUCAGAGACUGGCAUUAUUGGCAUCAUUGACCCCGAGUGCCGGAUGAUUGGCCUGCGACUCUAUGAUGGCCUUUUCAAGGUUAUUCCCCUAGACCGGGAUAAUAAAGAGCUCAAGGCCUUUAACAUCCGCCUGGAGGAGUUGCAUGUCAUCGACGUCAAGUUCCUAUAUGGUUGCCAAGCACCUACCAUCUGUUUUGUCUACCAGGACCCUCAGGGGCGGCAUGUAAAAACCUAUGAGGUGUCUCUUCGAGAGAAGGAGUUCAAUAAGGGCCCUUGGAAACAGGAAAAUGUAGAAGCUGAAGCUUCCAUGGUGAUUGCAGUCCCAGAGCCUUUUGGAGGGGCCAUCAUCAUCGGACAGGAAUCGAUCACCUAUCACAAUGGUGACAAAUACCUGGCAAUUGCACCUCCUAUCAUCAAGCAAAGCACGAUUGUGUGUCACAAUCGUGUGGACCCCAAUGGUUCUCGUUAUCUGUUGGGGGACAUGGAGGGACGGCUCUUCAUGCUGCUUUUGGAGAAGGAGGAACAGAUGGAUGGCACUGUCACCCUCAAGGAUCUCCGUGUGGAACUCCUCGGAGAGACCUCUAUUGCUGAAUGCUUGACAUACCUGGAUAACGGUGUUGUGUUUGUCGGGUCUCGCCUUGGCGACUCCCAGCUUGUGAAGCUCAAUGUUGACAGCAAUGAACAAGGCUCCUAUGUAGUGGCCAUGGAAACCUUUACCAAUUUAGGACCCAUUGUGGACAUGUGUGUGGUGGACCUGGAGAGACAGGGGCAGGGACAGCUGGUCACUUGCUCUGGGGCUUUCAAAGAAGGUUCCUUACGGAUCAUCCGGAAUGGAAUUGGAAUCCACGAGCAUGCCAGCAUUGACUUACCAGGCAUCAAAGGCCUAUGGCCACUGCGAUCUGAUCCUAACCGGGAGACUGAUGACACUUUGGUGCUCUCUUUUGUGGGCCAGACAAGAGUUCUCAUGUUAAACGGAGAGGAGGUGGAAGAAACUGAACUGAUGGGUUUUGUGGACGAUCAGCAGACUUUCUUCUGUGGCAACGUGGCUCAUCAGCAACUUAUUCAGAUCACUUCCGCAUCCGUGAGGUUGGUCUCUCAAGAACCCAAAGCUCUAGUUAGUGAAUGGAAGGAGCCUCAGGGCAAGAACAUCAGCGUGGCCUCCUGCAACAGCAGCCAGGUAGUAGUAGCUGUGGGAAGGGCCCUCUACUACCUGCAGAUUCAUCCUCAGGAGCUCCGGCAGAUCAGCCACACAGAGAUGGAACACGAAGUGGCCUGCUUGGACAUCACCCCCUUAGGGGACAGCAACGGACUGUCCCCUCUUUGUGCCAUUGGCCUCUGGACAGAUAUCUCAGCCCGUAUCUUGAAGCUACCCUCUUUUGAGCUACUGCACAAAGAAAUGCUGGGUGGAGAGAUCAUUCCUCGUUCCAUCCUGAUGACCACCUUUGAGAGUAGCCACUACCUCCUUUGUGCCUUGGGAGAUGGUGCACUUUUCUACUUUGGGCUCAACAUUGAGACAGGCCUAUUGAGUGACCGCAAGAAGGUGACUUUGGGCACCCAACCCACGGUGUUGAGGACUUUCCGUUCUCUUUCUACCACCAACGUCUUUGCCUGCUCUGACCGCCCCACUGUCAUCUAUAGCAGCAACCACAAAUUGGUCUUCUCCAAUGUCAACCUCAAGGAAGUGAACUACAUGUGUCCCCUCAACUCAGAUGGCUAUCCUGACAGCCUGGCACUGGCCAACAACAGCACCCUCACCAUUGGCACCAUCGACGAGAUCCAGAAGCUGCACAUUCGCACAGUUCCCCUCUAUGAGUCUCCCAGGAAGAUCUGCUAUCAGGAAGUGUCCCAGUGUUUUGGGGUCCUCUCCAGCCGUAUUGAAGUCCAGGACACAAGUGGAGGCACAACUGCUCUGAGGCCCAGUGCCAGCACCCAGGCCCUGUCCAGCAGCGUCAGCUCCAGCAAGCUGUUCUCCAGCAGCACAGCCCCUCAUGAGACCUCCUUCGGAGAAGAGGUGGAGGUGCACAACCUCCUUAUCAUUGACCAGCACACCUUCGAAGUGCUUCAUGCCCACCAGUUUCUGCAGAACGAGUAUGCCCUCAGUCUGGUCUCCUGCAAGUUGGGCAAAGACCCCAACACGUACUUCAUUGUGGGCACAGCCAUGGUGUACCCAGAGGAGGCGGAGCCCAAGCAGGGUCGUAUUGUGGUGUUUCAGUAUUCAGAUGGAAAACUGCAGACUGUGGCUGAAAAGGAAGUUAAAGGGGCCGUGUACUCGAUGGUGGAAUUUAAUGGAAAGCUGUUAGCCAGCAUCAAUAGCACGGUGCGGCUGUACGAGUGGACAACAGAGAAGGAGCUUCGCACUGAGUGCAACCACUACAACAACAUCAUGGCCCUCUACCUGAAGACCAAGGGCGACUUCAUCCUGGUGGGCGACCUCAUGCGCUCCGUGCUGCUGCUCGCCUACAAGCCCAUGGAGGGCAACUUUGAAGAGAUUGCUCGGGACUUCAACCCCAACUGGAUGAGUGCUGUGGAAAUCUUGGACGAUGACAAUUUCCUGGGAGCUGAAAAUGCCUUUAACCUGUUUGUGUGUCAGAAGGACAGCGCUGCCACCACUGAUGAGGAGCGGCAACACCUUCAGGAGGUUGGUCUCUUCCACCUGGGCGAAUUCGUCAACGUCUUUUGCCACGGCUCUCUGGUCAUGCAGAAUCUGGGCGAGACAUCCACCCCCACGCAGGGCUCGGUGCUCUUUGGCACAGUCAACGGCAUGAUCGGGCUGGUGACCUCACUGUCAGAGAGCUGGUACAACCUCCUGUUGGACAUGCAGAAUCGACUCAAUAAAGUCAUCAAAAGUGUGGGCAAGAUUGAGCACUCCUUCUGGAGAUCCUUUCAUACUGAGCGCAAGACAGAACCGGCCACUGGCUUCAUCGACGGAGACUUGAUUGAGAGUUUCCUGGAUAUCAGCCGGCCCAAGAUGCAGGAGGUCGUGGCAAACCUUCAGUAUGACGAUGGCAGCGGAAUGAAGCGAGAGGCCACUGCAGACGACCUGAUCAAGGUUGUGGAGGAGCUGACGCGGAUCCAUUAGCCAACGGCGGGGAUUCCCUUUCCGAGACCCUCUUGGAAGGCUUUGCCCUCUUGCUUCCCCUCCCCCACCACUGUCUUCUUGGCCAUGGGGAACCUUUCCCUAAGCCAGCUGCCCCAGAAGCCACAGUCACCUGUGUGGAAAUGGAGAUUUCUUAGAACUAAAACCAGUUCACUGGACACCUGGGAAUGGGCUGAAGGUGAAAUAAUUUUCUCCCUGGAUUUUUACCAGUCGCACAUGAUUCCAGCCAUCACCGUGGGCCACCAAGCCUUGAUUGGUGUUGCAGGUUGUCCUUCCAGGGAGGGAUUUUGCAGCUCUUUGGCUGAAAGGAAGCUGUGUGUGUGUGUGAGUGUGUGUGUGUGUGUGUGUGUGUGUGAGACACGUGUUGUCCUCUGCUAUCUUUUUAUUUAGUUUGGGGGUGUGGGGAGGUUGUGGAGAGAAGGGAAGAGGGGCGGGAAGGGUUUAUUGUCUUUGAAGUGAGAGCUUCCUUUGACUUCUGUUGCCUCUGAGAGCUUUGGGUCUGGAGACCUGACCACCAGGCCAUAGGCUGCCUGAAUAUAGAACCUGGAGAUGGUGGAUGACCCCCACGCCACAGCCUUUUUGUCUCUGGGGAACUGCCUUCUUCAGAGAGAAGAAGGUGGGUGGACGUGAAUUGGUGGUUAGUUUCUGAGUUUUACCAAAUAAAGUAGACUCUAAGAAGAAA